GGGAUGUUGCUGUCUUUGUAUAUAUUCACCGUCGCCGUUGUCACUACAUAUCAUCGUUGCAGGCAUGGGAUUGUCUUAUUUGGUGGCUUUGGCUGAUACGUUACACACUUUAAAUAUCUCUCAUAACUUUGAAUUCCUUGUAAGAAGAGAUAUUACCAAUGUUUCUGCCUCAUGAAUUGAUCAUCCUAAUCCUGCUAAGGUUACCGGUGAAGUCUCUUAUUCGUUUCAAAUGCGUUUGCAAGUCUUGGUUUUCUCUUAUCUCUCAUGAUCCUCACUUUGCAAAUUCACAUUUUCAACUUACUGCCGCAACACACACCCAUAGAAUUAUGUUCAGAACACCGAUUUCUGAAAUUCGUUCUGUAGAUUUAGAAGCAUCGCUUCACGAUGAUUAUGCUUUUAUGCUUCCAGAACCUUAUACAGAUCUUAAUAUUAAAGCUUCAUCUAGAGGCUUUAUUGUUUUCAACUGUGCUUCAAACAUCUACCUAUGGAAUCCAUCCACCGGAGCUCAGAAACAAAUACCUUCGCCUCCUAAUGAUUAUUAUUUAAAUUUCGCCGGUUUUGGGUAUGAUCCGUCAGAAGAUGAUUACUUGGUGGUUUCAGUAUCGUAUGAUAGUAUUCCAAACUCAGAUGACAAGCUAUCCCACUUGGAGAUUUUCACAUUGAAAGCUAAUGUGUGGAAGGAAACUGUGGGUACUACCCAUUGGCCUUAUUGUAGUAAGAUUGUUUCCUCUUAUUAUCCCAUGGUAGACUCCUUCUUCAACGGGGCUAUUCAUUGGUUGGCUUUUCGUCAUGAUAUAGGUGUUUAUGUUAUUGUUGCCUUUCGUUUAACGGAAAGGGAACUUCUAUUGAUACCUCUCCUAGAUGAUAUUCACGAUCAUUCUAAUGAUAUUCACAAUCAUUCUAAUGAUCGUGAUUUAUGGGUAUUUAGAGGAUCUCUCAGUCUAUGGGUUUCGGGGGAUCAUAAGGUUGACAUAUGGGUGAUGGAAGAAUACGGAGUGCAUUCAUCUUGGAUUAAAACUCUUGUGCUUUCUAUUGAUGCCUUUCCCUACCUUUACCCCAUAUGUUGUACAAAAAGUGGCAAUAUUGUUGCAUCAAAUGGCUGGAUUGGACUGGUGAAAUAUAAUGACAAAGGAGAGUUUCUAGAGCAUAACUCCUAUGAUGAAGAUGCACGGGGAUCCAAAAUGACUUUGUAUACAGAGUCUCUGCUUUCACUCCCUAAUGACAGUGAGCAAGCUUAAGAAGAUGACACCAAGAAUCAUGAGUUUGCUGAGUCUGCUGAUUUGAUUGCCCCGCGAGCUCCCCUUUUGUGGGUCUUUGGAGAGUUUAUCAGUCUAUGGUCUAGGGGUGGAUAUGAUACUAUCGUUGAAAUAUGGGUGAUGAAAGAAUACAAAGUGCAUUCGUCUUGGACUAAGAUUCUUGUUCUUCCUAUUGAUUUUAUUUCCACUCGGUACUUUCUUCCUUUAUGCUCUACAAAAAGUGGCGAUAUUAUUGGAACAGAUGGUUCUGUAGGGUUGGUGCAGUAUAAUGACAAAGGACAGUUGCUAGAUAAUCAAUCCAAUAGUCAUGAGCGAGGUGGAUACGAAGUGACUGUGCAUACAGAGUCUUUGCUUUCACUCCCCGGCGAGCAAGAUUUACCAGAGGACUAA